GGUCUCCCACGUGAGUACAGGGCCCGAGCAGUGAGGCCAUCUUCCCCUGGGAGCUGGCUGGGAAGUGGCGGCUGUCGGGUGCUGUGCUGCUUAGCUGGCCCCAGGAAGGUGACGCUUAAGGAGCCGUCCAUAGGAGACCAUGUCUGGAAGCUUCUAUUUUGUCAUUGUUGGCCACCAUGAUAAUCCUGUUUUUGAAAUGGAGUUCUCACCAGCUGGGAAAGAGGAACCCAAAGAUGAUCACCGUCAUCUGAACCAGUUCAUAGCGCAUGCAGCCCUUGACCUGGUAGAUGAGAGCAUGUGGCUGACCAACAACAUGUACUUGAAAACUGUGGACAAGUUCAACAACUGGUUUGUGUCAGCCUUUGUCACUGCAGGACAUAUGAGAUUUAUUAUGCUUCAUGAUAUAAAGCAAGAAGACGGAAUCAAGAACUUCUUUACUGACGUCUAUGAUGUCUACAUGAAGUUUGCGAUGAACCCAUUUUAUGAACCCAAUUCUCCUAUUCGGUCAAGCGCAUUUGACAGAAAAGUUCAGUUUCUUGGGAAGAAACACCUUUUAAGCUGAAUGCAGAAGAAUCCUGAAACAAACUGAUUACCGCAAUGGGUUAUACUCAGAAGUGUGUAUAUUGUAAGAAACUUGAGUAAAUAGCCUGAAGAACUUCA